AUGCAUCGCACCUAUUCUAUGCGCCAGACUCGGGCGCCUACUGCCUCUCAACUUCAGAACCCCCCACCACCUCCCUCGUCCACAAAGUCCGGUCGCCUCUUCAAGAGCAGCUUCGGGCAUGCUCUUCGCCGAAAUGCCGGAGGCGCCUUUGGUCCCGACCUGGCUAAGAAGCUCUCCCAGCUAGUUAAGAUGGAAAAGAACGUGAUGCGCAGCCUGGAGACCGUUGCCCGUGAGCGAAUGGAAGUAGCUCAACAAUUGUCCAUCUGGGGUGAGGCCGGCGAUGAGGAUGUUUCCGACGUUACCGACAAGCUGGGCGUGCUGCUGUACGAGAUUGCCGAGCUUGAGGAUCAAUACGUCGACCGAUACGACCAAUACCGAGUUACUAUGAAGAGCAUUCGUAAUAUUGAGGCAUCGGUUCAACCCAGCCGUGACCGCAAGCAGAAGAUUACCGAUCAGAUUGCUCAGCUCAAGUACAAGGAGCCCAACUCUCCCAAGAUUGUUGUUCUCGAGCAGGAGCUUGUCCGAGCUGAGGCUGAGUCUCUUGUUGCUGAGGCACAGCUUUCUAACAUCACCCGCGAGAAGGUUAAGGCUGCCUAUACCUACCAAUUCGAUGCUCUUCGUGAGCACAGCGAGAAGGUUGCUAUCAUUGCCGGCUACGGAAAGCAUCUACUCGAGCUUAUCGAUGAUACUCCUGUUACUCCCGGUGAAACUCGCCAGGCCUAUGACGGAUAUGAGGCUAGCAAGGCCAUCAUCCAGGACUGCGAAGAUGCGCUCACCAACUGGGUCUCUUCGAACGCCGUUGUUUCGUCCAAGCUCUCUACCCGCGCCCGUACGUUGUCUCAGCGACGUCGAAACAACAUUCGCAGAGGUGAGGGGCACGAUCUCUCCGGCCAGGAUAUGCCUCUUAACGAUGGCAGCUCUUGGACGGCUAGAGACCGUGACCUCGAUAGCGACGAGGAGGAGGAUGAGGAGGACGCCCGAGGUUCCAUCCUUGAUAGUGAUGGUGGUCUGAACGGCGAGUCUCGCGGACGCACACAGGAACCUCUCGCUGCAUAG